AUGUCCGCCAAGUCCAUCCUCGAGGCCGACGGCAAGGCCAUCCUCAACUACCACCUCACCAGAGCCCCCGUCAUCAAGCCCACUCCUCUCCCUCCCUCGGCCACCCACAAUGCUGCCCCCAGGCUCGCCUCCAUCUACUUCCCUGCCGACCAGGACGUCAAGGCCGUCCUCGACCAGGCUGAGGCGACCUACCCGUGGUUGCUGCAGGCCGACUCCAAGUUCGUCGCGAAGCCGGAUCAGUUGAUCAAGCGCCGUGGUAAGAGCGGCCUGCUUGCCCUCAACAAGUCGUGGGCGGACGCUCGCCAGUGGAUCGAGGAGAGGGCAGGAAAGACGCAGCGUGUCGAGACCGUUGAUGGCGUCCUGAGGCAAUUCCUGGUUGAGCCUUUCGUCCCUCACCCGCAGGAGACCGAGUACUACAUUAACAUCAACUCCGUCCGUGAGGGUGACUGGAUCCUCUUCACUCACGAGGGUGGUGUCGAUGUCGGUGAUGUCGAUGAGAAGGCUGAGAAGCUCCUCAUCCCCGUCGAUCUCUCCGAGUACCCCUCGAACGAGCAGAUUGCUGCCACUCUCCUGAAGAACGUCCCUGAGGGCGUCCACAACGUCCUCAUCGACUUCAUCUCCAGGUUAUACGCGGUCUACGUCGACUGCCAGUUCACCUACCUCGAGAUCAACCCCCUCGUUGUCAUCCCCAACGAGGAUGCCACCUCUGCUGAGGUUCACUUCCUCGACCUGGCGGCUAAGCUCGACCAGACUGCCGAGUUUGAGUGUGGUGCCAAGUGGGCCAUUGCCCGCAGCGCUACUGCUCUCGGCCUGGCGACUCCUGUCUCCAAGGACAACAAGGUCACCAUCGACGUUGGCCCGCCGAUGGAGUUCCCUGCUCCUUUCGGCCGUGAGAUGAGCAAGGAGGAGGCCUUCAUCUCUGAGAUGGACGCCAAGACUGGUGCUUCCCUCAAGCUCACCAUCCUCAACUCUUCCGGUCGCGUCUGGACUCUCGUUGCCGGUGGUGGUGCUUCCGUCGUCUACGCCGACGCCAUCGCCUCUGCUGGUUUCGCCAGUGAGCUCGCCAACUACGGUGAGUACUCUGGUGCUCCCACCGAGAACCAGACCUUCCAGUACGCCCGCACCGUCUUGGACCUCAUGCUCCGUGCUCCCAUGCACCCUGAGGGCAAAGUCCUGUUCAUCGGUGGUGGUAUUGCCAACUUCACCAACGUCGCAUCCACCUUCAAGGGUGUCAUCCGCGCUCUGCGCGAGGUCUCUCCCCUGCUCAUUGAGCACAAUGUGCAGAUCUGGGUCCGUCGUGCCGGCCCCAACUACCAGGAGGGUCUUAAGAACAUCAAGGGCGUCGCCACCGAGCUGGGCCUGGACAUGCACGUCUUCGGUCCGGAGAUGCACGUCUCUGGCAUCGUGCCUCUUGCGCUCAACGGCAAGAAGACGGACGUCCCCGAGUUCGCUGGUUAA